CUAUCUUCAUUUAGACCCUCCCACUCACAAUACCCCACAUAUACUAUACCUGGCGUCCACCACCCAUUUUCCUUCUCUUACCUACACAUCUUUUCUGAUCCUCUUAGAGGUCAGUUGCAUGGAUUUCCAUCCUCUUGUUGUGUCGAGUAGGAGUUUCUAUUGUUUGGACACUUGGCAAAAAAUAUAGCGCAACCAAACCCAAACUUCACCUCGAAAGACUAUAAAUUGGCACACCACCUCAAUGUACUCAAAAGACUGUCAGACUUCCUCCCCGAAUAAUCCAUCUUUCUAUCGCCAAAGACGUACUAACAAUAACGAUAAUACACACCGACAUCAGGAAGCACAGUCAACGUCGACCAAUACCAGCAGAAAUGACAGGAAGCAAGAUUAUAUCGUGCAGAAUUUUUAUUCCAAGGUUGCACAGAUUGUGAUUCAAAGUAGAAUAAGUCUUGAAAAGUCGGUGAUCAGACAAUCUUCUCAAAAAUAUUCAUCCUCUCCAUACUCUGUGACUGACAAGGAUGCAGUGCGCAAAAGGGUCAAUGGUUGGUUUAAUCUCAUAACCACAGAUAUUGAUGGUUUAAAAGAUGAACUUAAAUAUUGGAGGCACCAAAUUGCCAAAGUAGCUGACCGUACGCCAUACCCUAUGAUUAUUGAUAUCUUUCUGGACACCUCAAAAAUGGCAGAUGAUAUGACACUAAUGUUUGUAAACAACAGAGGGAUCCAUCGACCAGUCAACACCAUCGGUACGCAUGGAGGCAAAAUUCAUAGUGUGCUUCUCGAAUCUUGGAUACUACAGUUGAAAAGUACCUUGACUUCCGACACUGUCGAUUUACCAAACUUGUACAAAAAAUCAAUCAUCUUUUUCCGAUCUCUUCACUCGUUUGUUCGCUUACUACCAACAUAUCAACUUCGUGAUCGUUUAAAGGUAUCAGAUAGCGGACUGACGCUUGGUUAUCGUCUGCGCAAAAACAAUGUACAACGAUUUGAUGAAAUUUCAUACGAUACCCCUUUGACCAAUAUGGCCAGUAGUGAAUCAGAGUACUUUGAGUUCGCUGAUAUUCUAACACCAAUAGGGGCACUGAAUUUGUGCGUUCGACAUAGAAAAGAAUGUGCAUUUUAUGCCAAGCCCGUGGUUAGAGACAUAGCCACCCUUGAAACCGCAAUAGAAGACUGGCAAGUCUCAAAACAAGCUCGAAGAGGAUAUGUGAAGACCGAUGAACCAGAUUGGCCUCUGCCAUCUUUUGUGCCUUCCAUUAAUUCGCAAAGAUACUCGUCAUCUCCCACCAGCUCCAUCUCAUCGUCAUUCUCUUACGAGGAGAGCUCGACAACCACCAGCCUAAGCUACAGACGACCAUCUACUCCCAUCGUCUCACCUUUCAAGUCCAAGUCAUUAUCAUCGUCAUACGGUACAGGAUCACCGCAAAUGAAAUUAAUGGACCCGUACCAUGCAGCCGAUCCUACUGUUCAUAAAACGUUCUCUUCUAGCUUUGAGAGGUACUACAAUAACAAGACUGGUAAUCGCGAAGAUGACGACAAUACUAGUCUUUCGGGUAAAAGAGAAUCUAGGGUUAGUCUCUUGAGCAUUGAGUCAAAUCCUAAUAACUCGGCAACGAUAUAUUCUGAUGAUGAUGAUCUAAGUCAAUUCAUGGGAAUUGUAGAUAGGAAACAUGAUUUGAAAAUGUUCAGGAGAACUUCACUUAGGUCACCGAGUGGCUAUGAAGACGGAGAUCAAGACGCAUGCUCUGAAAGUGGAUCUCUUGGAAAAUCAAAGGCUGCGUUGUCUCGAUUUCAAUAUAUGAAGAGCUCACACAUGUCUUUAUCUGAAUCGCUGUCGUCCAGCAACACGUCCAGUCGACCGUUAUCCACUACUCAAAGCACUACAGAGAAUAACCUUACUGCGUCCAUCUCUUCCAUGUCUUCAAUUCAAAGUAGAGAACAGUCGCUGAGUAGCUCUGGAGCAAGCCAUAAUUUUGGUACAGAUGCCAAAUUGCCUACGCCAACCCGAACGCAAACCGAAGCAAAAAGAGCAUCAUUUGCUAACAUACAAUCGAAGUCUUCAGUAGCUGAUGAAGGAACUAAUUUGCUUUCAGAUUCAUCUAAUAGGACUCGCCGGAUGCAAGUGUCUCCCCCACUUGUCGACAGAUACCCUUUUAAGCAGCCCCGGCAGGCCUCACGGCAACCGACACAAAACCAGGCUGCAUCUGCGUUUAGAGGAAAUCCAAGAGGCGUCAUCAGCGGCCAAUACGCGGAAUCAUUAGGUCACUUUAUGGCGACUCAUGAUGACGAUGAUCCAUUGAUAUUCACAAUGAACGAUAUGGAGCAUAAUUGAAUUGAGUGUUCUAACUCUGUACCCGUCAGCAUACCCUCUUUAGCG